AUGGACGACGACACCACCACCAUCAAGACCUACAUCCUGAGGUCCGAGAGGGACUGGGACUUGUGGUACGCGUAUAUGUACGGCUUCGCGAGGUCUAGGAGGAUAUGGGACCUGGUAAACCCUGAGAUAGAGGGAGAACCAGCUUUCCUUACAAAACCCCCGCGACCUACAAGACCUCCGCCGGAUGCAGACGUAAUACUAAAGGAGGAAUAUAUGAUGGACCUCGCGGAGAGGGAGGUGGCGAUGUACAAGUUCGAUAGGGAACAACAGGCGCUGAGCGAGUUCCGAGACCGAUUGGUGUUCAGCGUCCAACAUUAUAUCAUGAAUAGACUGGCAAGGGAGGAACAUUGCCAUGUGAUCUUUAAAGCUCUUAAGGAACGCCUCUGCCCAACGGAACUAGACCGAAGAAGAGAGGUCAGGAAACGGUGGAAAGCUCUUACCAAUGGCCCGUGA